CCCAGCCGCGCUCGUCUCCAGUUCUCCAUGGCUUUGUAUGUUUACAGUGAGAAUUGUAUGGCAGGAAUUUUCUAACAUCAAAUAUUUAAACAUCAUUUGCAUCGAUACAAAAGUCCCAAUGGACACAGGGAUCCUGUGACACAGGUGUGUGUUUCAGUAGUUCGGAUGGAGUCCUCGCGGAGCACAGUGGGUCACUCCCGCGAGUACAAACUGGUGAUGUUAGGAGAGGGAGGUGUGGGCAAAAGUGCCAUCAUCAUGCAGUUUAUAAGUCACAGGUUUCCAGAGGACCAUGACCCUACCAUUGAGGAUGCCUAUAAAACACAGAUCCGCAUAGACGAUGAGCCUGCAAACCUGGACAUCUUGGACACAGCAGGACAGGCGGAGUUCACGGCGAUGCGUGACCAGUAUAUGCGAGCAGGUGAAGGUUUCAUCAUCUCAUACUCCAUCACAGACCGCCGCAGUUUCCAGGAGGCUCGUCACUUUAAGCAGCUUAUCUACCGCGUACGACGCACCGUGGAUACACCUGUCGUGUUGGUGGGCAACAAGUCUGACCUGGUCCAUCUCAGACAGGUUUCCGUAGAAGAGGGCAAACAGCUGGCGAGAGAGUUCCAGUGCCCGUUUUUUGAGACUUCGGCAGCAUUUCGUUAUUACAUCGAUGAGGUUUUUGCAGCACUGGUGCGUCAGAUCCGCCAGCGUGAGGCCGAAAUGGUGCGGGACAGCGAGAGGAAAACCCGACGCAGCCAUUCCUUCUGGAGUCGCCUUAAAGCCCCCUUCCAUAAGAAACAGCAGUCCAAGCACUGACAGAGCCACAAAGGAGGGCAUUCUAGGAUACCGAUGGUUCUCUCGCCUGCAGCUGUAUAACAGGUGGUUUGAGGACUGUAUUUUAUAGAUUAUUUUUGAUUGUUUGCAAUGACGCACACUCAAUCAUGUCAGUUUCACUGUGCAGGACACACUCACUGUCAUCAUAUGGGGCGUGGGCUGAUUUACUGAUGUUAGAGACUAAGACUGAGAUAUUAAACUUGACAGUAGUUAUUAUUUUUCAUGUUCGGACAGCAUUAUACGUUGUAAAAUUCAAAUGACAAGGGGAAUGUACCUCAUAUUUUAAUUGAUGAGAAUGUCAGAAACAUGGAAGGGUUUGCUACAGGUGUUUUUGAAAAGAGGUAAGGUCAUGUCAGAGGAAAGAUGAAGGCCAGAUGAGUUUAUGAGAAGAGAGAGCAUGUUUUGAUGGUAGAAAGAAUGAGAAGAGUGUGUAGGAUUAUGGAAAGAGUUUAUGGCAGGAAUAUUAAUCUGCCUGAAUAACAAGUACUGUAAAGCUUUUCUAUAACGUGGCUGUAUUUUUGGUCUCCUUAAAAAGAACUUGCUGUAGUUUUAUAAUGAAAAUAUAGAUUUGAUUUGUAGAAAUUGGAUGAAUUUCGCAAUUAAGUGUCCAGGUCGUUACAAUUAAUAAUUGUUUUAAAUAGAUUUUAUUGUUAUUUUAUUCUUUUAUUGGUAACUGAACCUUAUUAUAAACUCUUAUCAUGUUUUUAAUACCAAUUAGAAAAUCAUUAAGAUAUUAAUUACAAAUAUUUUCAUUGUAAUUCGAAUAACAUUUUCCCUAUUAAAUGUUAUAGUUAAUAACAUGUUGUACUUUUCAAUGUGAUUCUCAUUAUUCUCAUUUGAGAUACUUAAUAAAUUGUGAUUACUGUAGUACAGUAAUGUUUUACAAUUUAAAGGCGUUAUAUGUAGAGUUCAGAAACUAUUAUUAAUAAAAUUUUCUGCUACAUUUCAUCAGUCUGUUCACAUAUUGGCAAAAAUAAGUGAUCACAUAAAUAAAAUCUGACCUAUAUCCACUUUAAAUAAAAUAUAUAUUUGUUUUAUUUAACAAUUGCCUUAUAAUAUUGUAAAUUGUAUUCAAUAAAUGCAUUUACUAGGCAUGAAAAUAAUGACCCCAAUACACAAAAACUGCAAUAAAAGUCAUGCUUUUCUUAAAUCAAAAUGUUAUUGAUUAUAUAAUAAAUACAGUUUAUUAUAUUCUGACUUGAAAAAUGACUUGGACACAUUCAUGGGGGUUCUGUGAGAUUCAGUCAGCUAGGAUGCAGUUUUGUUGGGAGCUGAGCUGAAUGAAGUAUAGAUGCAAAAACACUGUAUAUGAUUGACUUUGUGAAAUCUGGCUGAGCAAUAUUCAGGUCCACCUUUAAUCACACAGAUUGACCGACUUGAUUACGUUGGAAAACAAAAUUGUUUCCUUUUAUACACAGGGUAAUUUUUAUUCCAGUGGUUUUCUGUAGUCAGUGUGUAGGAAAUGACCUUAGGAUUUCCUCUUAUACAUGCUGUGCACUUACUACGCAUCAAAUCUGAAUGGACUAUCUGUUUAUUUUGCACUUAAUGCAAAUUCAUGUCAUUAUUUUUGCCGUGUGAUUAUUAGAUUUCAUUUUUUUUUUAACCAAAGUGGUUUACUAUAUUUUCUUCUAUUUAUUGUCAUCAGAGAUCGUCAAAUAAAAUUCACUUUACAAAUC